AUGGUGGCCAUGUGGGUGAUAAAUGAAUUCCGCCCAUGGACAGACAUCAAGCCGGUGAAAGCCAUCAGAGCCAAGAGCCAGUACAAACCUCCGGAUGAGAAGAUGGUUCAAGAAACCAGCUAUAGUGCCCAAUUUACUGCAGAGAGUGCGAAACUCGGUCCAGCGGAUAACAAAUUGCUCGAGCGCAGGAGGAUACGCAGCCUUUAUAGCGAGCCAUACAAGGAAUCGCCGAAGGUGGAGAAGCCUAGCCCGCAGCCUCCCAAACCAAAAAAGACACCCACGAGCCAUAAGCCACUGAAAAAAGCCAAAGAUAAGCAGAUGGCAUCCAGCCGGGCGGCCAAGAAAAAGAGCACCGAAGCCGCCGGCGCCGCGAACCCCGAGGACAAGGAGAAGAGCAAAGAGAUGAACAAUAAGUUGGCCGAAGCGAAAGAGACUCCUGAGGGAACGGCCGGCGCUGCAUCCCAGGAACCCGCUUUCGUAGGCCAAGACCAGCCUGUGGGAGCCAACCCCCGGCCUCCCGCGACGGAGCCAGCCGCCGAGACGAGUGCGUCGCCCGCACGAAACAUGUCCAGCCUUAUUUGA